AUGGAUUUGGAGCAGCGAGUGAAGGCGUACCGAUUUGUCGCCUAUUCGGCGGUGACGUUUUCCGUUGUUGCUGUGUUGUCUGUCUGUGUCACACUGCCGAUGGUCUACAAUUAUGUGCAUAGUGUGAAAAAUACAAUGCACAACGAAGUACAUUUUUGCAGGGGAUCUGCUAAAGAUAUACUCAGAGAAGUGAGCCAUUUGAAGAAUAUUCCUACAGCCAACAGAACAGCCCGUCAGGCAGGAUAUGGCGAUGCUGCUGUAAUUGGUGAAACAUCAACUGGUUGCGAAGCUUGCUGCUUACCAGGACCGCCCGGUCCAAUGGGACCGCCAGGACGACCAGGUCGACCAGGAAAACCAGGAGUGCCGGGACUCCCUGGAGCACCUGGACGCCCUCCACAGCAGCCUUGCGAACCGAUAACACCACCUCCGUGCCGUCCCUGUCCUCAAGGACCACCGGGACCUCCUGGAAUGCAAGGGCCACCCGGUAAUCCUGGUCCCAAUGGAGCACCUGGCCUACCUGGACUUGAUGGUGCCCAAGGUCCGCCAGGACCGAAAGGACCUCCCGGCCCAUCAGGAAAUCCUGGUGCACCAGGAAAUCCUGGUCUUCCUGGUGAAGACGCUGCAUCAGGAGGGAUUAUUCCUGGAGAGCCAGGGCCACCUGGACCCCCAGGACCUCAAGGGCCUCCAGGACCGGACGGUCUUCCAGGUUCACCCGGAGCACCAGGGCAAAUCGGACCAAAAGGUCCCAACGGACCAGAUGGGGAGCCUGGGCAGCCUGGAAAUCCUGGAGCACCUGGACCACAAGGAAGACCAGGACCGCCAGGCGAGCAAGGAAUCUGCCCCAAAUAUUGUGCUAUCGAUGGUGGAUCUGGCACCGCGAGCCAACUCAUUUUCUGCAGGGUUGGAGUCAUGGAAAUAGAGCAACGAGUCAAGGCCUAUCGCUUUGUCGCCUACUCAGCGGUCAGUUUCAUGGUUGUCGCCGUCUUGUCCGUUUGUAUAACACUGCCGAUGAUCUACAACUAUGCGCACAGUGUGAUAUAUAAGAUGAACAAAGAAGCGCUAUUGUGCAAGAAAUCCGCAAACGAUAUUGUGAAGGAGGUCGGCUACAUGACGGUACCAACAGGCAACAGGACAGCACGUGCAGUAUCAAAGAAGGAUGCGGAGGAGGCUGCAGCGACUCCAGAUUGCAGUGCGUGUUGCGUGCCAGGACCGCCUGGUCCAAUGGGACCGCCUGGACGUCCAGGUCGUCCUGGUAAUCCGGGGGCACCUGGAGUUCCUGGGGUUCCCGGACGUCCACCACCAGAACAGCCUUGCGAACAAAUUACUCCACCUCCGUGCCGCCCAUGCCCUCCAGGAACGGCAGGACCUCCUGGAAUGAUGGGGCCUCCAGGAGAUGCGGGACCAAAUGGCUCUCCUGGCCUUCCUGGACCUGAUGGUCCUCCUGGUCUUCCCGGACUACCGGGUCCACCUGGACUGAAUGGAGCUCUUGGACAACCCGGCUCCCCUGGCCGUCCUGGCGAAGAUGCGGCAUCCGAAGGUGUUGCCCCCGGAGAGCCGGGACAGCCUGGGCCUCCUGGGCCACCUGGACCGCCAGGUGGAAUGGGUUCGCCAGGAUCAUCUGGAUCACCAGGCUUAAUGGGACCCAAAGGGCCGCCUGGACCGAAUGGAGAGCCUGGCGAGGAUGGACGUCCUGGAAUGCCUGGCCCACCUGGAAUGCCUGGAACCCCUGGAGAACGAGGCAUCUGUCCAAAAUAUUGUGCAGUCGAUGGUGGAACUUUCUUCGAAGAUGGCACACGGAGAUAA